AUGAGUACGAAACGCUAUCCACAGAAGACGGAGAAGCUGAUGGACUCGCUGGGCAUCGUGCCACCAUCUAAUUUACGCGACAGACUCUUGAAUGCACCCGAUUUGAAAGAGGAAAUUCGAAAGUUUCAGGCCGAAAACCAAAUUCCGGUAAAAAGUUACUCUAUUAUUUGCAUGCACUUUAGUCGUGUACUUUUAUAUGCUCCAUACUGAAUACUUUUUAAUAUAGCCAUGAGAGGGGGUUGUAGUCACAUGAGUUGAAAGAGCAGUGGCUUCUUUUGCGUGGUUUUAUCUAAAGAGGCAUGGAUAAUAUAAGAUAUAUCUUUUGCUGUAUUAUGUAGAUUGUUGCAGAUUCCGUCGAUAACGCCAGUGCUGAAGAUUCUCGACCUUCACAAUGUAAAACGAAACGAGUUGAAUGAGCAGGUAAGGAGUUAUGUUUGUUUUUUUUAUUGUUUUAGGUGCUCGAUGUGAUGAGUGGUAAAUUAUUGGACAAAAUCAAAGAUAUAGCUCAUAAAAAGGCUCCAAAUGAUGUGAAAAAGCUGGAAGACUUGUUGGACAAGGUUUUUAGACUGUAUCCAAUUGACAGCAUUCGAAAAAUUAUAUUGGAAGCGCUGAAAAGUGUUCCAAAGUUAUCCAGCAAGUAAGAAUUUCUUUGUUUCUUUAAAUUUUAGGUACAAAGCGACAUGAAUCACCUUGCGUUUACUAUAAAAAUGUAGAACAGAGUCUUCUUUUUCUAGAGCGUACAAUUAUAGGUACCUAAAAAAGAUAGCCGAGGACAAAACGUUGUAUAAUGAAUGUGAUGUGUCAGUAAAACAACAAAUAUGGACGGUGAAUGAAAAUCUCUUUCAACAAGCGAUUGAACCAAUUAUCGAUGAGUAUAUUGAUGAAAAAGAGAAGAUAUUAACAAGUAUCGUUCGGUCACAAAACAACUUUUUCACAUCGGACACAACCAAGACUAGAAGGCAGUGGAAGCAGGUCAAAGGUGGGUGGUUAAAGUGAUUAUACGUUUAGGUUUUGAUUAUCAAAGAUGUGGAAAGGUAAAGUAAUGUAUUUUGCUUUAAAAUACAGGGUUCGAAAAGCCUUAUUUUGUAUGUAAUAUAUGCUUUUAUUCACUUAUAUUACCUUUAAACAUUCAGAUUUAAUUCAAAUGGUCGGAAAGAACCCUGAACUCUACAAAGGAUUAGUUGAUCUGGUUGAGAAACGUUUUUUGGAAACUGGAAGUUGUCAUUAUGCAGCACUAAGGUUCGAACUCUUAAUGGCAUGUCACGAUCUUCACGUCGAAUUUGCUCAAAAAACUGAUGUUAUCCAUGAUUACGCUUGGAUAUUGGAUGUUGCCCUACGUGACCGACAUAUGGAUACACAACAAGUUAAUAAGCUAAAGAAUGUUAUUGACAAACGAAAAUUUUUGGAAGAAGUAAGGCUUUUAUUGUUAUUUGUUUCUAAAUUUUAGGUAUACCUACUACAAUAUGAACUUUAUAGAACAUAAAGAAUGUAGCCAUAAUCUCAGCGGAUCCGCAUGUAAUACACUUGUUUUGCUCUAUGAUAAUCAAGAUUUUGUCGGACAGUACGAAGACAUGUACGCAGAUACCCAGAGAGCAUCCGAUAUUACACUUGAUCAUCAGGUUACUCUACUUUGGAUUGUACGCUAAAGUGAGAGAUUUUUGCGAGUUUUUUUGAUUAUCUAGGUUAAAGAGGAUAUUGUAAAUGAUAAAAAUUUGGGCGUGGUAAAUUUUUGGUUGUUGGUUUUUUAGGGGGUGGAUUUUAAAUUUUUUUGAAUUUUUUUGUAAAAUACGGCAAAUAGUGUUUUGUAAGCAUUAAAAAGUGUCUAAGGUUGAUAUACCAAUUUGUCUUUACAGGAAAUAAUCAAAGAACAGACUGAUUUCAAAAACCUGAUCGAUUCUGAUUCGCUGGUCCGAUUUUUGCCAAUUUUAACUGAACUCAUGGCCAAAGACCAAGUUAGAAUGGAAAUUUUAAAAGCUGGAGGUAGGUAAAAUACGACUCAGCUUUUUUCCGUUGUCAAAAUUUUGAUAUUUAUUAACUUUUUAAAAUGUUCCUUUAUAUAGCUAUAACUACAACAAUAUCUUGAUGUACACCACCUCUUUUGGUGGUAGAAACCUUAAUUUUAAAACAUUUAUGCGUAGAAUCUAACGAAAAUAGAUAAGAUCAAAAAAAUUUAGAGUUUUGUAACCACUUACGAUAAGAAAUGGCAUUAAUUUGAGCAAAAACGAGAGAGUAUUGGGAAAUAAGAGAGCCCUGAAAUAGGUUAGAGAAAAGUGUUUUGACAGAGAAAGUAAACAACAAAACGGAAAUAAAUGUUGAAAGCAGUUGAAAAAAGAGUAAUUAGAACAAGUAGUGGGUAGGGCUGACUGAGUUUUGGACUGACUAAUGAAGUUUGUUACCUAAGUUUUUGGUUGAAAUUUUUGUUGUUUUAGGUCAUUUUUUGGGCUUGAAAGCAUCUUUGUGUGUUUAUAUGUACUUUCAGGCUAUUUUUGUUGUUAAAAUUUGAAAAAAUUUUGAAUUUUUAAAUUUUUAAACUUUGAAAGUAAAUUUCUACCCGCCCUUACGCCUACCCUUAUUAACCUCCUCUACUCUGCCCCUACUAUACCUUGAACCAUACUUCCUAUCUCUAUCCCUACCCCUACUAUCACCUGUGUCUCUAGCUUUAACCUACUUGUUUGGUCCCGCCACGAAAACCUUGAUUUGUCGUUUUGUCUGUAAAUUUUCUAAAAUGACUUUUAGUCUAAAGGCAACAUAAGUCAAUUAACAAAAAAAGCCAUAAAUUAAACGGAAACAUGAUGUUACAUUAACAUGUAGAUGUCUGUCUGUUAUUACCAUUAGUAACAUGUCCGUCAUUACAAUUUACCACGUCAAAAAUACCAUUUUCAGAUGAAAUAUCGGACGAACACAUGCCAGAAUUCGAGAUUCAGCGGCCGUCGGAAGCCUUCUGCUCAUUCGUAAGAGAGGACUACGUCUGCGCUCUCCUCUUCCUCCACUAUGUCUUCACGGUGUUGCCGGCCAAGAAACGCAACAACAGCAAAAAGUUGCUGCACAUCUAUUUGGAUGUGGUGCUGCAGGCAAAGGAGAAGGUAAGUUUUUUAAAUUUCAAAAAAAAAUUUUAGAAGGUUUCUUUGAAAGUUAGGCUUAGUAUUAACAAACAUUAUGUUUAAUUAGUGCUCUGGGCUAAAAGCAAAUUUUGGGCUUACAUCAAAAUGUUUAGGCUUACCAAAUUAAGGUUAGGCUUAUGAAAUGAAGCUUAGGCUUAUAAAAUUAAUUUUAGGCUUAAAAAUGAAAUAUAGACUUGUAAAAUGAAUUUUAGGUUUAUAAAAUGAAAGUUAAGCUCAUAAAAUGAAAUUUAGGUUUAUAAAGUAAGAUUUAGGCUUAUAAAGGAAAUUUAGGCUUAUAACUUGAACUUUAGGUUUAUAAAAUGAAAUUUAGGCUUAAAAGUGGAUUUUAGGCUUAACAAUAAAGUUUAAACUUUGAAAUUGAAAUUUAGGCUUAUAAAUGAACUUUAGGCUUAUGAACUGAAACUAGGCUUAUAAAAUAAUAUUUAGGCUUAUAAAAUCAAGUUUAAAGGUGUUUUUUUUUGGUUUUUCCUUUUUCCAGAAAGAAGCUGUAGACGUUCCUGGUAUAACUAAAAAAUUGUUAUGAGUAAAAAAAAUUUUUUUUGAAUUUGUUAUAUAAUUAAUGACAUUAACAAAAUAAAUGAAUGCAAAUAAAAAAAACGUAGAUGAAAGAUACGUAAAGAUUUUACGUUUUUUUUUGUUUUUCAAUGGGUUUCAAGGGCGUUUGGUCGAAAUAUAAUAGUUGUUUUUGCAAAAACCGCCAAUUCCUUGUGAUGGAUAAUAUCAAAUAUAGCUUUACAUAAUCUUUGAAAUUUAAACGAUUUUUUUAAAUUUUGGUUUACAACGAUUUAAAGUAGGAGGUAUUUUUGAAUAUUUUUAAUGGUUUUUUUUAUUUUUGGCUUAUUUUUUAAUUUUUAGGCUUAUGUUUUAGCGUUUUUUGAAAUUUUUGGAAGUUUUUCGAAAUUUUUAAAUUUUUUUCGAAAUUUCAACUUACCAUGUGACAAAUUUGAUAGUUAUUUCGUUUGUGUUUGUUUUUACAACGAUAAAAUCAAGGAGUUUUUGGGCGAAAGUGUUUACGUUUUGUGAUUUGACCGCUACAAAGACGAGAAAUGAUAAGAAUUCUUUUUCCAUUCAUUAGAAUUCUAUAAAAGUUGAGGGUUUUGGACUAAAGCGACGUUUUGUUUUGUAAAAACAAGGGGUUUGGGGAGGGCAUGGGUUUUCUGUAGUCUGAAUUUUCUAAAAAUAUUGGUGUUUUAGGCUUAAAUUGAAAUUUAGGCUUAUAAAAUAAAGCUUAGCCUUAUAACCUAAUUUUUUGGUUUAGAAUGAAUUUUCGGCUUUUAAAGAGAACUUUAGGCUUAUAAGUUUAAAUUUAGGCUUAUAAAAUAAAGCUUAGGCGUGUUUGAUGAAGUUUAAACUUAUAAAAUGAAAUUUAGGCUUGUAACUCGGGCUUAGGCUUAAAAAAUGAAGCUUAGGCUUAUAAAGUGAGUCUUAGGCUUAUAAAAGAAACUUUAGUAUUACAAAGUGAGCUUUCGGCUUAUAGAAUGAAAUUUGGGCUUAUAAAGGAAGUCUUAGGCUUAUUAACUGAAGUUUAGGCUUGUAAAAUGAAGCUUAGGCUUAUAAAAUGAAGGUUAGGCUUAUAAAAUGAAGCUUAGGCUUAAAAAAUGAAGCUUAGGCUUAUAAAAUGAAUCUUAGGCUUAUAAAACGAAAUUUAGGCUUAUAAAAUGAAACUUAGGUUUAUAAAAUGCACUGUAGGCUUAUAAAAUGAAGCUUAGGCUUACAAAAUUAUUUUUCGGUUAUAAAAUCAAAUCUAGGCUUAUAAACUUAAUUUUAGAUUUAUAAAUUGAAGGUUAGGCUUAUAAAAUUAAUUUUAGGCUUACAAUUGCUAAUAAAAGAGGGUUUCAGAUUGUGUUCGAAGAGCCAUGGGCGCAUGUUAUGGCUUUUCGCAUGAGUCACUGUUUUGGUAAGGAGAUGGAAAGGCCCGAACUUUGCAAAUUAAUCAUAACCGACGGACUGAUCCCGGCCUCACAGGUGAGAACAAGGUGUUUUUGAAACAUUCGUUGGUCUUUAUAUCAGGGACAUUGCUAGGCAUGGUUUUUCUGGGGGGGGGGAGGCAAGAUAUUGAAUUUGUUUGGUUUGGGGGUGGAUUUACCCUGCUCCUGUGUUGUCUCUUUCUCCCCCCCUACCCCCUCCCCCCUCCCCUCCCUCGUUCUCUUUUUUUACUACCUUCCUCUCCCCUCCCCUUUCUGUAUUUUACUGCCAUGCUGUAUCUUAUCUUACCCUACUCUUCUGUUUUUUAAAAACCCAUGCCAAGCCUAAAAACAUAUAAUUUCAGUCCAACUCAAACAUAGCCUUCUACCUCCUUCGUAUCAUCUCGCUUCUACGAGGCCGAAUCAACGAUGACUACGUAUCAGAAGCCCUAACAUCACUAGACCCAUCUGUCUACACGUUACCAAACUUUCUAGGCCAGUCCAGCUUAGAAAGAUUUGAAAAAGAGUACGAUGCUCUGGCUGCAACGUUGAAGCCAACAGUUCAAGAACAACCCUCAGUCUACCCUAAUAUGCAAGAUGUUCUACCAGCUCAGCCACAGGACUUGUUGGCUAGCAUUUCUGGGGAAUGA